AUGCAUAUAGAAGAGAACCAUGCGUGCAGGCCGGAUAUAUGGGCGUUGUUCGGAGACAAUACUGAUUUCGUUCUUAGCCAUCCUAAAGAACGGCAAGGUCCACAACAAGCCAAGAUCCGCCAGGCGGCAGCGCAGGCUGGACCCGUGCCAGAUAUACCGGAAGGGCAGGCCAGAAUUCGACUCGCCACUGAGGGCGAAGCAAGUUUGUGCUGCUGUCCAGAGUUAGGAAAUCCCGCAGACGGGUUCAUGGUAUGGCAAAGUACCAUUUACCAAUAUCGAGGAGUAUCCACGAUGGCGCAGGCCAUCGAUACUGGAGAGACAACAAUCAACAUCAAUUCCUACUAUGUGACCUCAUCUGAGUCUCCACCAACCCUGCACGAAAUUGCCCCCGCAGAAUGUCGCUUGCAAGGGUCUUUUCGUGUCACGCAACCUGCUGGACAAGACCUGCAGGAGCAGUUGCAUGGUUCUCGGUUCGGAACAGAGGAAUACAUCACUCUGAUGAACGUAUUCGACAAGACCACGAAGUUUUGGUCCAGCAAUUCAAACGAUCCGUCUUUCAUCCACUUCGGGACUGUGGGAGACAGAGAUCCAGAAUAUAACAUCCCAUCCGGGCAGCUCAAACUUCCUGGGCAACCGUAA